AUGUAUCACCAUUUCGAUAACGAUGUGGUCUGUCACAUCAGUCACGACGUGUCACUCAUGCAGCCACCCGAGGCGACUAUGUUCUUUUCGGAUGAGUCUGAUCUUUCUUCAAACUUCGGGUUUGUCGACACCCACGACGAUGCCGCGAUGCUGAUCCAGGCAUGCCUCCGAGGCAGUCUGCAAGUGGUCAAAAGACAACCCAUCUCGCCAGAACGACCUUCUGUCGCACAAAGCGGACACGUUUUCAUCUACGAGGCAAAAUCAUCCGGCAUUCAGCGUUGAACUGAUGGGCGGCAUUGGAGCUCGAGUCGCGUCUUGGGUGAAUUUCUCAUAUACGGAGAGCGAUCAGCUGCGCAAAAUCAAUCACACAACACGGAAACUGACAAACCAUCUCUGCUGGUGAAGGAUGGCUUGGACGCUGGGCACCAGCGGCUUUAUGGCCCACUGGUGAACUUUAGGCACAUCGAACCCGAAAAGCCUGAUCAAGAAAACCAUCACUGUGAAAAGCAGCGACAACUUUGGCGCAAUUUGGCACUUGGUGUCAUACUACCGGCCUGUUGAUGUUUUCCAAGGCCGGUUGCAAACUCCAAAAACGAACCAGGAUCUCAUUCUGCAACCGUGGCAACUACCAAGAAAUCCAAUACCGUACGGAAACUCGUACAACGGCCACCGAGUUGGGGAAAGCAGCUUAUCGCCAACGACACACCUCUGGGACAGUUCCCAUCAUGCUCAACCAGACUGGCCCGUGUUGAAAGAUUCUGACCGUUACCACAUCGAUUCCCACCAUCCGUUUUCAGAUCUUGCGGUUUUCGAUAACGCUGCCCUGCCCUGGUCGAUUGAUGGCGCGUUGGAUCCAAGUCUGUUCCAGUAUGAAUGCAGUGUUGACGGCAGUUUUAUCUGGUAGCGCCUCAAUUCAGACCCUAUGACCAGGAUAUGAUAUGCGGAAGCCAGAAGAGAGUCAUUGACGGCGUUGGAAUUGAGGUGUAUGGGUCCUGGAGGAGGGCAAGGCUUGAUGCUGACGAUCCCAGCAAAGGUCCAGAUGACAGUCGAGCCGAUUAAUAAUCAAAACCAAUUCAUGAUUUGGAAACCGAGCCGCGUAGAAUGCAUGAUGACGG